AUGACAGUAGAAGCAGUGAAUCCAAAAGCAUACCCACUUGCAGAUGCCCAGUUGACAAUAACAAUACUUGACCUUGUUCAACAAGCUGCUAAUUACAAGCAACUCAAAAAAGGAGCUAAUGAAGCUACUAAGACACUUAACAGAGGUAUCUCCGAGUUUGUUGUGAUGGCUGCUGAUACUGAACCACUUGAGAUUCUUCUCCAUCUUCCUUUGCUUGCUGAAGAUAAGAAUGUGCCCUAUGUAUUUGUACCUUCAAAGCAAGCACUUGGCCGAGCUUGUGGUGUUACAAGACCUGUCAUUGCUUGUUCUGUGACAACAAAUGAGGGGAGUCAAUUGAAAACGCAAAUUCAACAACUCAAGGAUGCCAUUGAGAAACUUUUGAUCUGA